GACAGAGGCAGGAGGGUUGUUCCCGGCCCCGCUUAUCCUUACGGGCGCAGGAGGAAUUGUCGCGAGUGCAGCCCUUUUGGUGGGAUCUCUGUAUAAGAGCGCGCAGGUUGGCACAAGGGCACUAUAAAGAGGAUUACCCACCCAAGGAAAGUAUGCGACUAGAGGAUGUCUAAGGCUGGAGGGGGCUGUGGAAUUGCCCUUUAUCAAGGGAUCCAUAUGGGAAUUGUCACCCUGUUCUGCACUCUCUGCUUUUUUCUGGUCUCUGUGAACUGUGUCCCGGCUGCCCGACUGCCAGUUACGCUCCCUGGAGAGGACAGAGCAAACAGAAAAGCAUCAGAUUAUCUCACGGUAGAACAGCCCCCAUUCGAUGAGCUCAUGUUUACAAUUGGAGAAACCAUUGAGUUGUCCUGCUCUGCGGAAGAUGCAUCCACGACCACCAAGUGGUUCAAGGAUGGUUUCGGCAUUGUGCCGAACAACAGAACAAGUACGAGGCAGGGCCUGCUGAAGAUUAUCAACAUCUCAUACGAUGACUCUGGGAUAUACAGUUGCAGACUAUGGCAUUCUACUGAAAUUCUGCGCAAUUUUACCAUCAGAGUAACAGACUUACCAUCGUCCGGUGAUGAUGAGGAUGACGAUGAUGAAACCGAAGACAGAGAGCCUCCUCGCUGGACCCAACCUGAGAAGAUGGAGAAGAAACUUAUUGCAGUCCCUGCCGCUAACACAAUCCGAUUCCGGUGCCCAGCCGCGGGGAAUCCCACCCCUACCAUCCAUUGGCUUAAGAACGGAAAGGAAUUCAGGGGAGAGCAUCGUAUUGGUGGCAUCAAACUCCGACAUCAGCAGUGGAGCCUCGUUAUGGAGAGCGUAGUUCCAUCGGAUAAAGGCAACUACACGUGUGUAGUGGAGAACAAAUAUGGAAGCAUCCGUCAAACCUAUCAACUUGAUGUCCUGGAGAGGUCCUCUCACCGGCCCAUCCUUCAGGCCGGGUUACCCGCCAACCAGACGGUGGUGUUUGGGAGCGACGUGGAAUUCCACUGCAAAGUCUACAGUGACGCACAGCCACAUAUUCAGUGGCUUAAACACGUGGAAGUGAAUGGCAGCAAGUACGGCCCAGACGGAGAUCCUUACGUCACAGUGCUGCAAUCUUUCACCAAUGGCACUGAAGUCGAUUCUACCUUAAGUCUAAAAAAUGUGACCGAGACCCAUGAAGGACAGUAUGUGUGUAGAGCCAACAAUUUCAUAGGAGUAGCCGAGGCAUCCUUUUGGCUCCACAUUUACAAACCAGCACCAGCAGAACCAGUGGAGAAGCCAGCAACCACAUCUUCCAGCUCCAUCACCGUUCUUAUUGUGGUCACCUCGACUAUUGUGUUCAUACUGUUGGUUAUCAUUGUCAUCACCUACCGCAUGAAGGUCCCUUCUAAGAAGGCAAUGAGCACCCCGCCGGUGCAUAAAGUCUCCAAGUUCCCGCUCAAGCGGCAGGUGUCUCUAGAGUCCAACUCUUCUAUGAAUUCCAACACCCCGCUGGUGAGGAUCACUCACCUGUCCUCCAGCGACGGAACCAUGUUGGCUAAUGUGUCGGAGCUCGGCCUGCCCCUGGAUCCCAAGUGGGAGUUAUUGAGAUCAAGGCUGACUUUAGGAAAGCCCCUUGGAGAAGGCUGCUUUGGUCAAGUAGUGAUGGCAGAAGCAAUUGGCAUUGAUAAGGAAAGGCCAAAUAAGCCUGUUACUGUAGCUGUAAAGAUGCUUAAAGAUGAUGCUACAGAUAAAGAUCUCUCCGAUCUGGUCUCGGAGAUGGAGAUGAUGAAAAUGAUUGGGAAGCACAAAAAUAUCAUCAAUCUGCUAGGAGCAUGCACUCAGGAUGGACCACUGUACGUUCUUGUGGAAUAUGCAUCCAAAGGGAACCUCAGGGAGUAUUUAAAGGCACGGCGCCCCCCAGGAAUGGAUUAUUCUUUUGACACCUGCAAAAUUCCAGCUGAGCAGCUGACGUUCAAGGACCUUGUUUCUUGCGCCUACCAGGUAGCUCGUGGCAUGGAGUACCUGGCGUCGCAAAAAUGUAUUCACAGAGAUCUGGCAGCCAGAAAUGUGUUAGUAACAGAUGACAUCGUAAUGAAGAUUGCAGAUUUCGGCUUGGCCAGGGACAUCCACAACAUAGAUUAUUACAAGAAAACAACAAAUGGUCGGCUGCCAGUCAAAUGGAUGGCUCCGGAAGCUUUGUUCGACCGUAUCUACACUCAUCAGAGCGAUGUAUGGUCGUACGGAGUGCUGCUGUGGGAGAUAUUUACACUGGGGGGCUCGCCCUACCCAGGGAUCCCAGUAGAGGAACUCUUUAAACUAUUGAAAGAAGGCCACAGAAUGGACAAGCCAGCAAACUGCACACAUGAACUGUAUAUGAUCAUGAGAGAGUGCUGGCACGCUGUCCCAUCGCAAAGACCAACCUUCAAGCAGCUGGUUGAAGACCUUGACCGCGUUCUUACUGUAACAUCUACUGAUGAGUACCUGGACCUGUCGGUACCAUUCGAGCAGUAUUCCCCGGCGGGCCAAGACAGUAACAGCACCUGCUCCUCGGGGGACGACUCAGUCUUUGCUCAUGACAUUUUACCCGAUGAACCGUGUCUUCCCAAACAACAGCAGUACAACGGCGCCAUCCGAACAUGACUGCGGAGGGACAUAGAAACGGGAACGUUGAAGGAAUGUAGACUUGAGCCCAAGGAGGAAGCUCCCCCAGCUGGAUUGUAUUUUUUUGAGCCGUAGAAAUCACUUGCUGUACUCAAAGUCAAGAAGCACUGUUUCACCUGAAGGAACUAAUCUUGUGCCAAAAUACAAAAAUGUUAAAAUAUCUAAUUAUAUAUAUAUAUUGAGAGAAAAAAAACAAGUGGGAGAGAGAAUGUUAAAGGUCGGAGGACGGACAGGGUGACCUCCAGCCAUAUGCUAUAGAGUGCCAGAGACAACCAUUCCGUGCCUGACAUGUGAGAGACUGACGUUCCGCAGAGGAACUGCGAUUCUAUAGAAUGUAAACCUUGCUCUUCUCUUUAUGCAAUAUGAUCAACGUGAUUGGGCGACUCUGAUCGGAUCAUGUCACCGUGCUCACCAAUUUUUACAGAUUUACACUAUGGGGGGAGGGGUGGGAUUGUUUCUUUUUUUUUUAAUACGCACAGUUGAAUCAUCACCAUGUAAUGUAUCGCUAAUCGAUAACUUCACCGUGAAUGUUGAACUCCCAUCAUACCCCAGCUUGUGGCUGCCGGUGAACGCUGGGAGAUGUAUCCUGGGAAUAGGUGGGAAAGCAAAGAUCAAAAAGGUAUUCCCACUUACAUUCACGACUUUAGUAAGGAUCAUUGAAAAUGCCCUGCUUUAUAGGGAAAAAAAAAAAUUUAUAUAGGUUUCCCCUUAAAGGAGAACUUAAGCCUAACUAAAGAAGUAGCUAGAAAUGUUGUACAUUAUGUUUUGGGCUUCUGUACCAGCCCAAGGCAACCACAGCCCUUUAGCAGUAAAGAUCUGUGUCUCCAAAGAUGCCCCAGUAGCUCCCCAUCUUCUUUUCUGCUGAUUCACUGCACAUGCUCUGUGCUGCUGUGACUUACUGAGCUUAGGGACCCACUCACAAUAUACAGUACACAUAGAAUAGGAAUGUCACAAUAUAAGGCUGAUUAGUAAUUAAUACAGAUAAUUACUACAUGGCAGCACAGAAACCAGUGCAAUUAGCAUCAGAAUUUAAUAAUCAGCAAACCUGUAGCAUCAGCUUAUAUUACAGGGGAAGCUCAUUUUCUGCUGGAUAAUUAGUGACGAGCCCUAAGCUUAGCUUCUCAACAGCCAAUCAGAGCCCACUGAGCAUGUGAGUGUCACAGACACUUUCCAAGAUGGUGACCCCUGUGACAAGUUUGAAGUCCUGGAUCAUUGCUGCUAUUGACAAGCUGAAACUUUAGGCUGGUGCAAUAAGUUCACUAUAUAAAAUAUGGCAUUUUUAGCCCUAUUCAUUUUUAGUUCUCCUUUAAGUAGGAGGGCAUUGCUUUUUGGGGGAACAGAACAUUGCUUCUUGUACAUGUGUGAAGUGGAAGCUUCUGUAUGGUAGAGGCACGUUGCCUAAACUGAAACAGAACAGCACCCCUAGUGGUCAUACAUCAAUGCUUUUGAUUCUGUAUAGAAUUCACCGAUCGAGCCGAGCAGUAUGGAAUCUCCCACACGUGCACAGUUCCCCUCGCUCUUUCUGGAUGUUCAUUUUAAUGGAAUAACAGGCGCAAAA